GCGUCCGGAAGAUGGCGUUGCGUCUGCUGUGGAGAGCUCUCCAUGGAACGGCGGCGGCGGCGCUGCCGAGGCUGAAACCAUUUCUGGCAGCUGAUGUGCCCAGGCUUGGAUAUAGUUCCUCAUCCAAUCAUAGGUACAUUCCCCGGAGGGCAGUGCUCUAUGUACCUGGAAAUGAUGAAAAGAAAAUAAAGAAGAUUCCCUCCCUGAAUGUAGAUUGUGCAGUGCUCGACUGUGAGGAUGGUGUGGCUAUGAACAAAAAGAAUGAAGCUCGACUGAGAAUAGUAAAAACGCUUGAAGACUUUGAUCUGGGCCCAACCGAAAAGUGUGUGAGAGUCAACUCGGUGUCCAGCGGUCUGGCCGAAGAGGACCUGGAGACCCUCCUGCAGUCCCGGGUCCUUCCCUCUAGCCUGAUGCUGCCCAAGGUGGAAAGUCCUGAAGAAAUCCAGUGGUUUUCAGACAAAUUUUCCUUCUACUUAAAAGGCCGAAAACUUGAACAACCUAUGAAUUUAAUCCCUUUUGUGGAAACUGCAAUGGGUUUGCUCAAUUUUAAGGCCGUGUGUGAAGAAGCACUAAAGACCGGACCUCAAGUGGGUCUUUUUCUAGAUGCAGUCGUUUUUGGAGGAGAAGACUUUCGAGCCAGCAUAGGUGCAACAAGUAGUAAAGAAACCCAAGAUAUUCUGUAUGCCCGACAGAAGAUUAUCGUUACGGCAAAGGCCUUUGGUCUGCAGGCCAUAGAUCUGGUGUACAUCGACUUUCGAGAUGGAGAGGGCCUCCUCAGGCAGUCAAGGGAAGGAGCUGCAAUGGGAUUUACCGGUAAGCAGGUGAUACACCCUAACCAAAUUGCCGUGGUGCAGGAAGAGUUUUCUCCUUCCCCUGAAAAAAUUAAGUGGGCUGAAGAACUAAUCGCUGCCUUUAAAGAACAUCAACAAUUAGGAAAGGGAGCCUUUACUUUCCAAGGGAGUAUGAUCGACAUGCCAUUACUGAAGCAAGCCCAGAACAUUGUUACGCUUGCCACAUCCAUCAAGGAAAAAUGAUCUGUUAAAUGAAGCUCUCAUCAGGUGGGCUGAACAUAUACAGUGGGUUUCUUAAAGACAAACCAUAAUACUCAAGGCAACUUGUUAGUAUGCCAGAUUGGAACCUUUCUCCCAUUUACAGUUCAUGUUAAUCACAAUUUUUGUGGGUAUAUUAUCUCACUGGCCAGUUAUUCCUCUAAAAAUGAACUUUCUCCUUUUUGAUUCCAAGCUUAGGACUUUAUUGCUCAUUAAUGUGUUACAAAUAUGCACUUAUGAUUUCACAGGGCGAUAAAAUAGUGGAGAGAGAUGGGCUGGGGGAUGUUAGGUCUUUAAUGAAACAGAUCUUUCUCGAAUAUGCCCGCUCCCUUCACAUUUCUCAUGUUAGGUGUUUCCCACAUUGUUCAUUAGCCGACACUGUAAAUAAUUUUAAGGCCAGUCUUGUGCCUCAGUCGUUAAGCAUCUGCCUUGGGCUCCGGUCAUGAUCCCAGGGCCCUGGGAU